AUGCUGAUGAUUCAGUGGGCUUUGACUGCCGGGAACUUCGAACUGGCCGAGGUAUUCCUACCAAGGGGGAGGAAAUUAUUGGGGUUUGCUGUUGGUUGUCCACACUUGGACGUACUGAAAAUGGUGAUUGAAGCGGGAAUUUUACGCUUCGAUGAAGCUGGAGCGGCUGAAACAGUCGAACUCUUGGUGCCUCACGGGAGACUGGACCUCAUGCAGCGUGUUUUCCAGCUCUACUCACCUCCUCGACCUCGGAGAGAUGGGGAUGUGAACUGGAAGAGUUAUUGGUAUCCAGCUAUUAAGGCUGCGUGUGCACGUGGAGACUUGGUGAUAGUUCGAUGGUUAAUAGAACAUCAUUACGGUCGAGAGAUCUGUAGGGGCAACAGAGAAGACGUAGAACACGACCAUUUCCUCUGCAUCGCAGCAGAAGAAGGACAUGUCGAUGUGAUGCAGUACCUUUUCGAUCAAGGGGCAGAUGAUCAGUACCCAGAUUCGCUGCUUAGAGCGGUUCGGAAGGGUCAGUUGAAUGCGGUUAAGUGGCUGCUGGAACAUCAUUUAUACACCGAAUUAUGGGAGGGUGAACGUGUUAUUGAAGAAGCUGCGAGGAACGGAAGACUGGAGAUCCUAAAGCUACUUCAUGGCUUGGAUUCAUCGCUGAUUCGCCCCAAAACUUGUUCAAGUAACGCUAUGGACGACGCUGCAGCGAAUGGACAGCUUGAGGUUGUUAAAUGGCUACACGCUAACAGAUCGGAAGGAUGCACAAAGAGCGCCAUGGACGUAGCUGCAUCAAAUGGCCACCUUGAUGUGGUUCAAUGGCUUACCUUCAACACGAGAGUAGGGUGCUCGACGCUGGCAAUGGAUCUUGCAGCAAGGAAUGGCCAUCUUGACGUGCUCAAGUGGCUGCGUAAGAACUCUAGCAAGGGUUGUACAGCUAACGCCUUCGAGAACGCCAUCGAGCACAGUCACGUGCGAGUUGCCUGCUGGCUAAGAAAGCACUUCCAGUUUGACGUACCAAAAACAAUGACGAUCCAUCCACCGAACCAGUUUGAUAUGGUGCUGUUCCUGUUCUCACACUUUCCGGAGACGUUCGAGAAUGGCAAUUCUGCUAGACCUCGACUGGUUAUCGUUUCAGGACCAAACGAUGAAAUAGUCCCGCGGUAGGUACAGGCAAAUGAGCCUGGUAUUACCCUUCACGCCUUGUGAAGGCAUUUUUGAUCAGUGCAUCGGCACAAAAUCGUUUUUAAUGGU